UUAUGCUCCUUACAUUUGUCUUUGUCAUGUUCAUUCUCUGCAUUUGUUCAAAACUUACAACUGUAUAUGCUAUAAUUGUGUAUUUGUAUUGAGUUGAGUGCUGAAACUAUAAUAUUCAUGCUCCCUACUUUUGGAUUUGCAGCAAAUAACGAAUGAAGUUGCAGUUUUUGACCUAUAAAAUAGAACAAUAAUUAGUUACGGUUUUUGAAGUUGCAACAAUAACGAAUGAAAAUGCAGUUUUUGACCUACAAAAAUAAGUUAACAGUAAGGGAAAUUACACAUGUGAGAGUUUAUAUAUUUCUUGUUUUGAGAUUCUGUUUUAAGAAUUACAAAUUGAAUAUGUUUAACUGUAUUUAUUAUUUAAGUUUAAUUGUUUAAGUUUAAUUUUAAGUUUAACUGUUUGAUUGUUUAAGUUUAAUUUUAAGUAUAUGAAUGAUUUGUUUGUUCAUUUAUUUCAGAAUGUCGGGUGUUCCAGCGAAGGAGUCUACGGGUUCCACCAAUAUCCCUGUACCUCCCGUGAAAGAUAGAAGGAACUCAGGAGACAUUGGUUGGGAGUUUGGAUUUUGUCCGGACCCAAAAAAUUUGAAUAUGGUGCAAUGCAAACUAUGUGGGCACAAGGUGAAUGCGGGGAGCCAUCGAUUUAAGAAGCAUCUUGCAGGGUUGAGGGGGGGACACCAAACCAUGUUUGAAGAUUAGUGAAAAAGAUAAGCAGAUGAUGAAAGAAGUCAUUGAUGCUAAUUCGAAGAAGAAGCAAAUUAAGGAGAGGCACACUAUAGACUUAGAAGAAGAACUUCAUACGACGAGGCCGUGUGAUGAAGAAAAAGAUGAAGAAGAAAUCAUCUCUCCUUCCAUAGGCGAUGGGUCUUCAAAGAGGUCUAGAGAGCCUACUGUUAGGCCGAUGGAUGCUUACACCGCUAAUGAUCCAAAGCUAGCGAAAAGGUUGAAAGGGAAAAUGAAGCAGACAGGAGUGAAUGAUUCUUUCCUGAAGGAGAAGAGAGAUUGGGUGCAUGAUCAGUUGGCUACUUGGGCAUAUGAAAAUGUCAUCCCCUUUCAUGCCAUCUCCACGGAUUCUUUUACGAAGGCAUGCAUGGCUAUUGGAGACUAUGGACCGAGCUACAGGCCUCCCAGCAUGUACAUGUUGAGGGAGCCCUUAUUGCGAAGAGCUGUUGAGAGAACAAAAAUCUCCUUAAAGACGCAUGAGGAGUGGGGCAAGACUGGAUGUUCCAUUAUGACUGAUGCUUGGUCGGACAGAAAGAUGCGGUCGGUAAUGAAUCUUUGCAUCCACUGCAGAUUGGGGAUAACUUUUCAUAAGUCAAUUGAAACCAAAGAGGAAGCACAUACAGGAUAAUAUAUAUUUGAGUGGGUUAAUACGG